AUGUCAGAAGUGUGCAUUUUACUGACCGUCCUGUGUGCCACUGCGUCGGGCUACUUCGUUAGCAUAGACGCCCAUGCCGAAGAGUGUUUCUACGAGCGGGUGAACUCCGGAACAAAGAUGGGCCUCAUGUUUGAAGUGGCUGAAGGAGGGUUUCUAGAUAUCGAUGUUGAGAUAACGGGGCCAGAUGGCAAGCAGAUCUAUAAAGGGGACAGAGAGUCAAGUGGGAAAUAUUCUGUGGCAGCACAUAUGGAUGGCACCUAUAAGUUCUGCUUUAGCAACAAGAUGUCCACCAUGACUCCUAAGAUUGUCAUGUUCACCAUUGAUAUUGGAGAAGCUCCUAAAAACCAGGAUAUGGAAUCUGAGGGAGGUGACAGCUGGGAUGAUCAUCAAAACAAGCUGGAGGAGAUGAUAAAUGAAUUGGCAGUUGCGAUGACCGCUGUAAAGCAUGAGCAGGAGUACAUGGAGGUCAGAGAGAGGAUACACAGAGCAAUCAAUGACAACACAAACAGCAGAGUGGUGCUGUGGUCCUUCUUUGAAGCACUUGUUCUAGUGGCAAUGACACUUGGACAGAUUUACUAUCUGAAGAGAUUUUUUGAAGUGCGACGAGUAGUGUAA